CCAUCUGCGGCGUUAGCGUCUGCAGAGCCGCCGCAGUGCCAGGGUCGAGCGAGGGGCAGCACUAGCAGCGAUGGCAACCACUGCGUUGGCGGCGCGGGUGCGGCUCUGCGCGUUGGGAGUGAGGACCGUGCAAGCCCAAGGCUUUAGCUCGGACCAGCCGCACGAUCUCGACAGGGGCGCAGGCGCGAUCCGGGAGGCCGGUGGGGCCUUUGCAAAGAGAGAGGCGGCUGAAGAGGAGCGAUAUUUCCGAAACUCAAGACUUGAACAAACAAAACUCAGGAAAGACUCUGUGAACUGCAGGAGCAGAUCUAUCAAAGCUGCUUCCUAACCAUCUAUCUCAGAAUCAUCAAAACCAAGAAAAACCCAAACCCAUUGCCAUCGAGUGGAUUCCGACUCAAAGCGACCCUAUAGGACAGAGUAGACCUGCCCCAUGGAGUUUCCAAGGAGCGACUGGUAUAUUCGAACUGCCAACAUUUUGGUUAGCAGCCGUAGUAGCUCUUAACCGCCAUGCCACCAGGGUUUCUGAGAAUCGUCAGGGUGCUUUAUUUAUUUAGAUUUUUAUGGAGUUUUAUACAAUAAAAUUAUUUAACAAUUUCACAACCAUCUACAUUUAUGGAGCACUUUUUUGUUGUUGUUCAUAUAAUUUCAUCAUAUUUCUGAAUCAGGUCCACACCAUUAGUUUAAUUUUAUAGCCAAGUAACUGAAGCCGGGAAUUGAUAAGUAACUUUCCCAGGGUCAUGCAACCAGGUUUGUGCUGAGCAAGGACUUUACUUCGGGACUCCUGCCCCCACAUCUUGAGUUGCAGUUCCAGGAUAGUGGUUGAGUUGGCCCUUAGUUCCCUCCUCAAUGUGGGAUAGGUAGGGGGACAUGCCUGGACAUCUGAGGAUGUGUGCUAAAGGAGAAGUCUCCUGGCAGUAAAUCUAGAAGUGCCAGUGGUUGGCAUUGGUGUUAGCAUUUCAUCUGUGACAUGAAUCCCUGUCAGCAUGUCAGUGCAUGCCUAUGUGAUGAAAACACACUACUGUAAUAGAACCUACUUUAAGAUUUCACAACAGUAGGUCUAUGGCUGCAGUUGUUAAUCCAGGCUGCACAUUGAAAUACCUGGGGAGCUUUAAAAACAAACCAAUACUGCAAGACCAAUUAAAUCCAAAGCUCUGAGAUUGGGGCCUGGACAUGAGUAUUUUAAAAAAGCUCCCCCAGUUUUUCCAAAAUACAGAAAAGAGUUGAGAACCACUGGCAUAAAAGAUCCUCCCAGGUCUGCUGCAUAUGGUUGGGCAUGUUGUUCGCUGCAGAAGACACCUGACUGAAGGGACCAGUAAGGACUGAAAUUCAGACCAUACUCUGUUCACCAACACGUGUGCCCUAGUUUGAAAGUAACUUCUGUCCUCAACAAGAGUCACCUUUUGUAUAAUUCCCACAAAAGGGUCAGUAGACCACUCCCCUAUUCUUGGAUAUGCAGUGCUGCAUGUCCUAUGUAUUCCAUUUUCAGCUGGUUUUUUGUGCAUUCAUUAAAAAGUAUACUUUAUAUCUAUCAUAUGUUGGGCACUUGGUAUACACUGGGGAUACAACUAUAAAACAAUCAAAGCUCUUAUGGAGCCCAUAGUCUAUUGGGGAAAAGAAGUGAUUAAAUAGGGAGUUAAAUAAUAAUGGGGGUAGGAGUAGAAUUCUGGAGAAGGAUAUGGGACAGGCACUCCACUCAGACCUGGGGUUCAGAGGGACCUCGUGGUGGAUAAUGGCGGCCAGGUAAAAGGAAAGGGGUGGUAUUUAAAGCUGAGUGACAAUAUUUGAAGAAACCUGAAAUUAAGAGAUGUGAGUUAUCAGGGAAUCUACCAUAGUUCAGUCUGUCCUUCUGGAACAUGGAGGGAAUGAUAGGUGUGUGGCGGGAGGGUUGUUGAUACUGUGCAAGUUCUACCAAUUUCCAAGGGCUAGGUUAGUCACCUGCAAGCUUAAUCACUGUGCCUCACUCCUCAGUCAUUCCUUCUUUCCAUCCUCUCUUCUUCCUUCCCUGCCCUCUUCUUUUCAGGACAGUCCUUUAUUAGAGGAGAAGAUACCUAAACAACUUAGGCUUUUAGCUACCCCAACCUGCCCCAUCUCCUUCUGUCCUACGUAUCCUCUAAUCUACUUUCCUUCUGUCAUGGAUUGAAUUGUGUCCCCCCAAAACGUGUCAAAUUGGCUAGGUCAUGAUUCCCAGUAUUGUGUGUUUAUCUACCAUUUUGUUUGUUAUCUGAAGUGAUUUUCCUAUGUGUUGUAAAUCCUACCCUUAUGAUGUUAAUGAGGCAGGAUUAGAGGCAGUUAUGUUAAUGAGGCAGGACUCAAUCUACAAGAUUAGGUUGUAUCUAAAAUCAAUCUCUUUUGAGAUAUAAAAAAGAAAAGUAAGCAGAGAGACAGGGGACCUCAUACCGCCACAAAGCAAGAGCCGGGAGAAUAGCACAUACUUUGGACCCAGGGUCCCUGUGCUAAAAAGCUCCUUGACCAGGGAAAGAUUGAUGAUAAGGACCUUCCUCCAGAGUCAACAGAGAAAGAAAGCCUUCCCCUGGAGCUAAUGCCCCAGAUUUGGACUUGUAGCCUACUAGACUGUGAGAGAAUAAAUUUCUCUUUGUUAAAGCCAUCCACUGUGGUAUUUUUGUUAUAACACCACUAGAUGACUAAGACACUGUCUCUAUCAAUUAUUUCCCUACUCUGGGCAUUACAUAUGAAUGGAAUCGUGUAAUAUGUGGUCUUCUGUAACUGGCUUCUUACCCUUACCGUAAUGUUUUUAAGAUUCAUCCAUGUCGUAGCAUCUAUCAGUACUUCAUUCCUUUUUUUAGUCAAGUAAUAUUCCUUUGCAUGGAUAUACCACAUUUUUUUUUUUUUAUCAAUAUAUUAUUUACUUGAAAAUUGGCUUGUUUCCAUCUUUUGGCUAUUAUAUAGAGUGCUGCCAUGAAUACUUAAUGUUCACAUAUAUUUUUGAGUGCCUAUUGUUACGGAUUAAAUGUGUUUCCCCUGAAAUAUGUGUUGUAAAUCCUAACCUCUAUGCUUGUGAUUAUAAUUUCACUUGGGAAAAGGUUGUCUUUGUUAUGCUAAUAAGACAGGAUUAGUGUAGUGUGUAUCUUGAGUCAAUCACUUUUGAGAUAUAAAAGAAAUUAAGCAAGCAGGCAGAAAUGGUGUUAAGUUAGAUGCCAAAACACAUGGAGAUCUUCAAGGAACCAGAAAACAGAAGCUGAAGAGACAAGGAUCUUAUUCCAAAUUCAGCAGACAGAGAAAGGCUUCCCAUAGAGCCAGUGCUCUGAAUUUGAACUUCUAGCUUCCUAAACUGUGAGAAAAUAAAUCUCUGUUUGUUAAAGCCAUCCACCUGUAGUAUUUCUGUUACAGCAGCACUAGAUAACUAAGACAGAAUUUGGUACUGAGAAGUUGGAGUGCUGCUCUAACAAAUACCUGCAAUGUGAACGUGGUUUUGGAAUCGGGUAAUGGGUAUAGGCUGGAAGAGUUUAAAGGUGUCUACUAGUAAAAGCUUAGAUUGCCUUGAAGAGACUGUUGGUAGAAUCAUGGACAUCAAAGGCAAUUCUGACAAGGGCUCAGAAGGAAGCAAGGAGAGCUAUAGAGAAAGUCUCUAUUGUCAAAGAGAAUACAUAUGGUGCCAGUAACAGAAUGUUGCUAGAAAUGUAAACAUUAAAUGUGCUUCUGGUGUGGCUUUAAAAGGAAAUGAUGAUCAUAUGACUGACAAUGGAGGAGGGGUGAUGCUCUUUAUGCCGUGGCAAAGAACGUUUCUGAAUUGUGUUCAAAUGUGUGGUAGAAGUUAAAACUUGUAAAUGAUGAACCUGGACAUGUGGCUGUUGAAAUUUCUAAGCAAGAUCUUAAAGGGGCUACAUAGUUUCUCCUUGCUGCUUAUAGUGAAAUGCAAGAGGAAAGAGAUGAACUUAAAAACGAACUGUGCAAAAUGAAAACAGAACUUAAAGAUUUGAAAAAUUCUGUUGUACAAACUAAGGACAUGUGUCCUAGAAUGUUCACCAAGGACAUGGCUGCACAGUCUUUUGUUAAAGAAAUUAAGCCUGUGACUGAUGGAUCUAACCAACUACCAGCAGAAAACCCAUCAGCUUAGACUGAAGUGGACAGAGAAAGGAUGAAAGAAAAGAAUGCUGUCUGCCUCUUGGAAUUCUACAGGCAGGAAACAGGCCAAAGGAGUUACAUCUGUUGUCCUCCAAGAAAAGAAAAGGACCAUCCCUGGAGCACCUCAGAGAUCAGCAAAACUGUUGGAAGGAGCUCGAGAAGCAGGGUCUUCUUGAUUUCAAAGGGUAGGGCCAUGAUAUCCUGGCUCUCAAAGGGUGGGGCCGCAGCCUCCUACGUUUCAAAGAGUCAGAUCUUCAUCAGCUCAGUUCUGGAGUGUGGGGCUGACAUUAAGGUGUGCCAAGGGGAUGGGGCCACCACCCAAAGCUAAGGGAGCAGAGAUGCCAUGCCCAAAGGUUGAAAGAACAGGGCCUGCCAGUGUUGAGGGGGUGGGGAUGCCACUCAGAUGGACUGCGAGAACAAGGCCACCCAAAACUGAGGGAGCAGAGUUGCCAUCCAGAGGGCCUGGAAGGCAGAGCUGAAGCCCAGAGCCAAGCAUCCUCCACCCAGAACCCAGAGGGUAUGGCCAACACCCAUAUUCUGGAAGGCAGGGCCAUUGCUCAGAUGGUUCCAAAGGACAGAGGUUUAUUCUCAAUCCUUGAGAGCCAAUGUAAAUUAUUCUGCUGGGUUCUGGGCUUGCUGGGUGCCAUUAUCCCUUCUUUCCCCCCAAUUUCCCCUGUUUAUAAUGGAAAUGUCUAAUUUGUGCCUGUUCCACCAUUGUACUUUGGAAACAGGUAACUUUUGGUCUAGAUUUUGCAAGUUCACAGAUGAAGAGAAAUUUUGCCACAGGAUGGACUAUGCCUAAAGCCUCACCCAUAUUUGAUUUAGAUGAUUCAAAAGAUGAGAUUUGGUACCUGGAAUUUAUUUCAGGCUUUUGGAAUGCUGUGAUGGGGUGAAUGUAUUUUACAUGUAGCACGGCAAUGAAUUUUGGGGGCCAAAAGGUGAAAUGUUAUGGAUUGAAUUGUGUCCCCCCAAAAUAUGCAUUGUAAAUUCUAACCUCUAUGCCUCUGGUUAUAAUCUCAUUUGAGAAUGGGUUGUCUUUUUUAUGUUAAUUAGGCAGGAUUAGUAUAGCAUGUAUCUUGAGCCAAUCUCUUCUGAGAUAUAAAAGAGAUAAAACAAGGGAAAGAAACGGAGAUGGGGUAAGAUAGAUGUCUUAGUCAUCUAGUGCUGCUAUAACAGAAAUAACACAAGUGGAUGGCUUUAACAAAGAGAAAUUUAUUCUCUCACAGCCUAGGAGGCUAGAAGUUCAAACUCAGGGUGCCAGCUCCAGGAGAAAGCCUUCUCUCUGUGUCAGCUCUCUGGGAAGGUCCUUGUCAUCAAUCUUCCCCAGUUGAGGAGCUUCUCAGCACAGGGAUCCUGGGUCCAAAGGAUAUGCUAUUCUCCUGGCUCUUGUUUCUUGGUGGUAUGAGGUUCCCCUGUCUCUCUGUUCACUUCUCUCUUUUGUAUCUCAAAAGAAAUUGAUUCGAGAUUCAACCUAAUCUUGUAGAUUGAGCCCUGCCUCAUUAAUGUAACUGCCUCUAAUUCUGCCUCGAUAACAUCAUAGAGGUAGAAUUUACAACACAUAGGAAAAUCACAUCAGAUGACAAAAUGGUGGGUAAUCACACAAUACUGGGAACCGUAGCCAAGAUAGAAGUUGACACACAUUUCGGGGGGACACAAUUCAAUCCGUAAUAAUACAUACCGAGACACAUGGAGAUCUCCAAGAAGCCAGGAAGCAGAAACUGGAGAGACAAGGACCUUCCUCCAGAGCCGACAGAGACAGAAAGCCUUCCCCUAGAGCCAGCACUCUGAAUUCAGACUUCAGCUUCCUAAACUGUGAGAAAAUACGUAAAUUUCUGUUAUUUCUUUUAUGGCAGCACUGGAUAAUUAAGACAAGCGUAAUCAGUUCUUUUGUGUAUAUACCCACUAGGAGUAGAAUUGAUAGGUCAUAUGGCAAUUCUUUGGUAUUCAGGAAUUGACAGAAAACCAAUACUGGGGAAAUACUCAUCGUCCUAUACACUUGAUUGUUGUUAAAGUCCUCCUCUGCUGAGGUCACCCUUUGGUGAGCAUUCACACGAGUCACAAAUAUUUUCACUUCUUUGGCCCAUUCAGAGAGAUCUAUCCACAUACCUCUUCCCCAUACUUCCUUGUCACCCAUUUUCCAAUCAUGUUCCUUCAAAAUCCCUGACCAUCCAGCCAAACCAUUGUCCACAGCCCAGCAGUCAGUAUACAGCUGCACAUCUGGCCAUUUCUCCUUCCAAGCAAAGUGAACAACCGGAACACUGCUUGAAGUUCUGCCCAUUGAGAGGAUUUCCCUUCACCACCAUCCUUCAGGGAGAUCCCAGGAAGGGGUUGCAGUGUUGCUGCUGUCCACUUUCCAGUGGUGCCUACAUAUCAUGCAGAACCAUGUGUAAACUAGGCAUGAGUUUUCUCUUCCUCAGUCAACUGAUCAUAAGGAACUCCUCAUGAAGCCGUAGAUGCAGACUAGGUGGGGGAAGUUACUGUGACAAGAGUGGAGACCAUGAACAUUUGAGCCACUUCCUCAUGCAACUUACUUGUGCCUAAAAGUCCUGCUCAAGACUGAUCUUAUAUAUACCACUUCCAUUUAAUGAUGGAGAACUGUUGUGCACGUCUGACUUUAUGACUCUGUGGGUCAGACAACACCCAGUUUAUGAUAGGCAGCUCAGGCUGCACGGUGACUUAGUGGCCCAUGGUUAGAUGUUCAGUCUCUACUAAGGCCAAGUAACAAGCCAAAAGCUGCUUCUCAAAAGGAAAGUGGUUAUCUUCAGAGGAUGGCAGGGCUUUGCUUCAAAAUCCUAAGGGUCUGCCCUACAAUUCACCGAUAGCGGCUUGCCAAAGUCUCCAAACAGCAUCUCCCUCUGCUACUGACACUUCAAGUAUCAUUGAAUCAGCCAGAUCAUAUAACCCAAGUGGCAGAGCAGGUUGCAUGGCAACCUGAACCUGUUGCACAGCCUUCUCUUCUUCUGGGUCCCACUCAAGGCUAGCAGUAUUUUGAGUCACUCGAUAAAUAGGCUGGAGUAGCACACCGAAAUGAGGGAUAUAUUGCCUCCAAAAUCCAAAGAGGCUCACCAGGCAUUGUGCCUCCUGUUUAGUUGUGGGAGGGGUCAGAUGCAAUAACUUAUCCUUCACUUUAGAAAGACUAUCUUGACAUACUCCACACCGCUGGACCCCUAGAAAUUUCACUGAAGUGGAAACCACCUGAAUUUUUGUUGGGUUAGUUUCCCACCCUCUAGCAUGCAAAUGUGUUAUUAAUAAAAUUUUUACUUAAUAAGUCUAGAGUCAUUGAUAUUUCUUCCUUACUAGGUCCAAUCUGCAUAAUGUCAUCAAUGUAAUGGACCAGUGUGACAUCUUGUGGAAGGGAAAGGUGAUCGAGAUCCCUGCAGACUAAAUUAUGACAUAGGCCUGGAAAGUUGAUAAACCUCUGAGGUAGGACAGUGAAGGUGAUCGUUGGCCUUGGCAGCUGAAGUCAAACUGAUUCUGGUGAUUCUUCUAAACCGGAAUCAAGAAAAAGGCACAUGCCAGACCAGUAACUCCAUACCAGGUACCAGGAGAUGAAUUAACUUGCUCAAGCAAUGAAGCCACAUCUGGAACAUCAGUUGAAAUUGGAGUCACCACCUGGUUAAGUUUAUGAUAAUCCACUGUCAUUCUCCAAGGUCCAUCUGUUUUUUGCACAGGCCAGACAGGUAAGUUGAAUGAGAAUAUAGUAGGAAUCACCACCCCUGCAUCCUUCAAAUCUUUGAUGGUGUCAGUAAUGUCUGCAAUUUCUACAAGAGUAUGGUAUUGCUUUUGGUUUACUAUUUUCAUAGGCAGAGGCAAUUCUAAUGGCUUCCAUGUGGCCUUUUCUACCAUAAUAGCCCUUAUUUCAUAAGUCAGGGAUCAAAUGUGAGGGAUCUGCCAGUUACUCAGUGUGCCUAUUCCAGUUAUGCAUUCUGAAACUGGGAAAAUCACUACAUGAUGGGUUCAGGGACCCACUGGAAGCACCGUGAGACAGACAUGAGCCAAGACUCCAUUAAUAACCUGACCUGCAUAUGCUCCCACACUUUGAAUGGUGGGCCACAGUGAUGUUUUGGGUCUCCUGGAAUUAUUGUCAGUUCAGAGCCAGUGUCCAGUAAUCCCAGAAAAGUCUGAUUAUUUCCUUUUCCCCAAUAAAUAGCCACUCUUGUAAAAGGCUGUAGUCCCAAAUUGAAUAGUGUACCACAAAAAUGUAUGUUAACUUGCUAGGCUUUGAUUCCCAGUAUUGUGUGAUUGUCUACCAGUUUGCUGUCCAAUCUCGUUUUCCUAUAUGUUGUAGAUCCUACCUCUAUGAUGUUAAUAAAGUAGGAUUAGAGGCAGUUAUUUUAAUGAGACAGUGCUCAAUCUACAAGAUUAGGUUGUGUUUUAAGUCAACCUCUUUUGAAAUAUAAAAGAGAGAAGUGAGCAAAAGAGACAGGGGGACCUCCAACUACCAAGAAAGCAGAGCUUGUAGAGGAGUAUGUCCUUUGGACCCAGGGUCCCUGAACUGAGAAGCUCCUAGACAAAGGAAGGUUUGAUGAUAAGGACUUUCCCCCAGAGCCAACAGAGAGAGAAAGUCUUCCUCCGGAGCUGGUGCCCUGAAUUCGAACUUUUAGCUUCCUAAACUGUGAGAGAAUAAAUUCUCUUUGUUAAAGCCACCUACUUGUGCUAUUCCUGUUAUAGCAGUGUUAGGUAACUAAGACAAUCCCUUCGGGGAAAGCUGGGAUAUCAUUGCUGAUGUCAGGUGGAUCUUGGCUGAAAGCAGAGACUAUCGGAGGGAUGUUUACCUGUGUUUUAUUGAGUACACAAAGGCAUUCAACUGUGUGGCUCAUCACAAAUUACAGAUAACAUUGCAAAGAAUGGGAAUUCUAGAACACUUAAUUGUGUUCAUGCAGAACCUGUACAUAGACCAAGAGGCAGUCAUUGGAACAGUACAAGGAGAUACAAAGUGAUUUAAAAUCAGAAAAGUAUGUAUCCGUGUUAUAUUCUUACAUCAUACUUAUUCAAUCAGUAUGCUGAGCAAAUAAUCCAAGAAGCUGGAUUAUGUGAAGAAGAACACAGUGUCAGGAUUGGAGGAAGACUCAUGAACGCUCUGUGAUAUGCAGAUGACACAACCUUGCUUGCUGAAAGUGAAGAGGACUAGAAGCAUUUUCUAAUAAAGAUCAAUGACCACAACCUUCAGUAUGGAUUGCACCUCAAUAUAAAGAAAACAAAAAUUCUCACAAGUGGACCAACAAGCAACAUCACAACAAACGGAGAAAAUAUUGAAGUUGUCAAGGAUUUCAUUUUACUUGGAUCCACAGCCAACACCGAUGGAAGUAGCAGUCAAGAAAUCAAAUGACAUAUUGCAUUGGACAAAUCUGCUGCAAAAGACCUCUUUAAAGUGUUAAAAAGCAACGAUAUUAACUUAAGGACUAACGUGUGCCUGACCCAAACCAUAGUAUUUUCAAUUGCCUCAUAUGUAUGUGAAAGCUGGACAAUGAAUAAGGAAGACAAAGAAGAAUUGAUGCCUUUGAAUUAUGGUGUUGGCCAAGAAGAUUGAAUAUACCAUGGACUGCCGGAAGAAUGACCAAAUCUGUUUUGGAAGAAGUACAGCCCAAAUGCUCCUUAGAAGCAAGGCUGGCGAAACUUCAUGUCACAUAGUUUGGACAUGUUAUUAGGAGGGACCAGUCCCCAGAGAAGGACAUUACGCUUGGUAAAGUAGACCGUCAGGGAAAAGGAGAAAGACACUCAAGGAGAUGGAUUUACACGGUGGCUGCAACAAUGGGCUCAAACAUAGCAAUGAUUGUGAUGAUGACACAGAACUGGGCAGUGUUUCAUUCUGUUGUAUAUAGUGCCACUAUGAGUCAGAACCAACUCGAUGUCACUUAACAACAACAUGGUAGUUUUUUGUUUAACUUACUGAUGAACCACCAAAAUGUUUUCUACAGUGGGUGAGCCAUUUUAUAUUCCUUCCAGCAAUGGAUGAGGGUUGCAGUUUCUCCACACCCACACCAACACUUGUUAUGAUUUUGUUUUAAUUAUAGCCAUCCUAAUGGGUGUGAGGAGCUCUGGUGGUGCAAUGGUUAAGAGCUCAGACUGCCAAUCAAAAGGUCAGCAGUUCGAAUCCACCAGCUGCUUCUUGGAAACUUUAUGGGGCAGUUCUACUCUGUCCUGUAGGGUCACUGUGAGUUGGAAUUGACUCAACAGCAAUGGAUAAUGGGUGAGAAGUGGUAUCUUAUUGUGGUUUUGAUUUGCAUUUCCAUGUUGACUAAUGAUGUUGAACAUCUUUUCAUGAGCUAAUUUACUAUUUACAUAUCUUCCUUUCAGAAAUGUCUAUUCAUAUCCUUUGCCCAUUUUUCGUUUUUUAAAAAGAUUAUUUGUCUUUUUAUUAUUGAAUUUUGAGAGUUCUUUAUAUUUUCUGGAUACUAAACUCUUACCAGAUAUACGAAUUGCAAGUAUUUUCUCCCAUUAUGUGUGCUGUCUUUUCACUUUUUUGAUAAAUGUCCUUUGAUGCCCCCCACUUUUUUAAUGAAUGCACCUCAUUUUUUCUAUUCUUUUGUUUUUUGGCAAAUCCGAGGUCAUGAAGAUUUACCCCUGUGUUUUCUUCUAAGAGUAAUUUUUCUUCUUUUUUUCUUCUUGUACUUUAGAUGAAGGUUUACAGAACAAACUGACUUCUCAUUAAACAGUUAGUACACAUAUCGUUUUAUGACGUUGGUUAACAACCCCAGGACAUGUUAACACUCGUCCUUCUCAACCUUCAGUUCCCUAUAGCCAGCUUUCCUGUCCCCUCCUGCCUUUUAGUCCUUGCCCCAGGGCUGGUAUGCUCCUUUAGCCUCAUUUUGUUUUACGGGCUUGUCUAAUCCUUGGCUGAAGGGUGAGCCUCAGGAGUAAUCUCAGUAGCUGAAAGGGUGUCCAGGGGCCAUACUCUCGGGGUUUCUCCAAGCUCUAUAAGACCUGCAAGUCUGGUCUUUCCUUUUGAGUUAGAAUUUUGUUCUACAUUUUUCUCCAGCUCUGUCUGAGACUAAGAGUAAUUUUAAUUCUUACAUUUUAACAUCAGAAAUAAAUAACAAAAAAUGGUCUUUGAUCCAUUUUUAGUUAAUAUUUGUAUAAGGUUUGAAAUGAGGGUCCAACUUCAUCCUUUUCCAUAUAGACAUCCAGUUGUCCCAGUACCAUUUGUUAAAAAGACGAUUCUUUCCCCACUGAGUGGUCUUGGCACAUUUGUUAAAA